AUGCCAGUUGAAGACGUCCAUUCGAAACAUAUAUUACCUUCAUUAGCUCAAAUUAUGCCUCCUGUCAAUCAACAACAGCACCUGCAACAGCAAGGCUAUCAUAAUGAUAUCAAUGCUUCAGCAGCAGCAGCUGUCGCUUCCUUAAGCAAUAAUAACAAUAAUAACAAUAAUAACAACAACAAUAAUUCCGCUGGUCAAAUUUCACCAAAUUUGGUCGGUAAUAAUUUAAUGCCGAUGAUGUUUAGUGAUCAAAAAGUUAUGUAUAUUCAACCUCAGCAAAAUGCUGGGGAUGUAUUUUCACAAACGAGUCAAUCCUCUACCGCAAACACUACUCCAGCUUCUUCGUUUAGUGGUGCUUCUGCUGGAUAUAUUACCAACCACCAUCCUCACUCACAUCAUCCCACCGGAGGUAAUCUUCCUAAUAGUGACAAAUGUAUAUGUAAAUCUAAUGCAAAUAGAAUUCCUAGACCAAGAAAUGCAUUUAUUUUGUUCAGACAAAAAUAUCAUCAAUCGGUACUUGACGAAGGGAAUGUUAUAAAGAGUAAUCCAGAGGUGUCUAGAGAAUUAGGUAGAAGAUGGAGAGCUUUGACUGCGGAAGAAAAAGAUCAUUGGAACAAUUUGGCUGAGGAAGAAAAGAAGAACCAUGCCAAGAAGUAUCCUGGUUACAGAUAUACCCCAAGAAGAAAUGGUAAGAAUAAAAAUUGUAACUAUUGUCGUCAGAAGGCGCUCAGACAACAACAGGCUGCUCAAGCACAAACACAAGUUCAACAGCAACAACAACAGCAGCAAGCAGUUCAAGCUCAACAGACGAACCAAGUACAACAACAAUAUGCAGCUGCUCAAUUACAGCAAGACCAAUAUCAACAAUAUUUACAAUUACAGCAACAGGGUCAAUCUCCAGUGCAAGCCAUACCGCAACAAUCAGCACAGAUAGGAUCAGCAGGUAAUUCUGCUGCAAGUUAUUUAGCUAAUCAUAAUCAACAGUUUAUAAUUUCAUCUAACCCAUUCCAAAAUAAUAAUAACGGAGCAAUGAUAGCCCCACCAGCUCCACAGAACUACCAAUUUUCAUAUAAUAACAAUCCUAACACUAGUGGUGUUAACAAUGGUAAUCUUAAUGAAUCCUUGCAUCAAAGCAGUGCGCAGGAAAAAUUAUCACCAUUAUCAGCUAUUCCAAAUCAAUCAUAUGGAUUACAUCAAACUCAAAAUUUGCAACCUGCUGGAUCAGGUCCUACUUCAAGUGAAUUUGGCUCACAAUUCUCUAUUGGAGGUUACGAAGCUCCCGUGCAAGUUUCUGUUCCUCAAACCCAACAAAGGUAUAAUUCAUUGCCUAAUCCAUUAAGUAAUCCGAAUGUGAAUGGAGGAAAUGGAACUUAUGGUUUUGAUACUUACAAUUCUCAACAAUAG